GUUUUAACUAGUGCCAGAUUGCGCACACAAUAACACUUUCCGAAUUUGAAGCCAUUAAUUUUGUAACCAUAUAUGAAAUGAUCACCAAUCACUAUUAUCAUAUAAAAUUUAUUCAACUUUUCUGAAUCCCUUAAUCAAAAUGGCCAUUGAAAAUCACCAUUUCCUGUUUCUUGUUUCACAACUUGUUAUCAUUCCCCUCUUGUUUCAACACUCCUCUUUUGCUGCAACCCAACUUGUGAAUCAGGUAUGUCAGGACACUCAGGACUCUGAUUUCUGCGUUCGAACUCUCAGUGCAGAUCAACGAUCAGGCAACGCCGACCUCAGGGGACUGGCUCGAAUCGCAUUGGAGUUAAGCUCCGCUCAGGCUAAGGGCACACAGGAUCAAAUUCAGACUCUACUUAGCCGGGAACCGGGGCUGGAUUUCAAGAGUGUUCUUGAUCAUUGUACUAUAAAUUAUGCAGGGUCAGUUUAUGCAUUACAACAAGGACUUCAAAGUUUGGAUGCUAAUGAUUAUUCCAAUGCAAAUGAAAUGGCUCAGGUUGGCUGGGAAAAUGGAAACGACUGUGAGCGUGUGAAUAGUGGAAGUGUCAAAGAUGUAUCACUUACAGGUUCCAAUCAAAUAAUGGUGAAACUUUGUGAUAUCUCUAGGGUUGUCACUGCAAAACUUGAAACUGGUAAAUAAGUUGUUGUUACAAUAAGAGCAUGUUAUUGUAUGAGAGAGUUCCAUGAAGCUCCCUUGUGUUCUUCUCCUUGAAACACAUAAUCUUUUCUAGUUGUGAAACAAAUAUAA